UGGUUCAAUAUUUUUCGCACCAGUGGGCCCUUUCCAAGAGAGGACCUCGAGGAAUUCCGAGUUACAUUCUUCCCUUCCUCGUUGCUGGUUCUGUAAGCUCGACGAAAGCAAAAAUGGCCGCUGUUUGGAGAUCGAAGGUACCCCCGAAUUCAGCAACCGUUGAAGAAGCUCGCAAAAGAGUGUUUGAAUUCUUUAAGUUAGCCUCUAGAUCACUUCCUAAAGUUAUGGAUAUCUACAAUCUCGAGGAUGUCACCAAUGUAUCUCAACUUCGCUCCUCCAUCUCUUCUCAGAUCCGCAAGAACUCUCACAUCAAAGAUCCUAAGGUAAUCGACAUGCUACUCUUCAAAGGAAUGGAGGAACUCGAAAACAUUGUGGAACAUUCAAAGCAGCGUCACCACAUCGUUGGCCAGUAUGUUGUGGGACAACAAGGGCUUGUUCAGGAUUUGGGUACCAAAGAUCAGGGUAUCUCUCCAUUCCUUAAAAACUUCUACGGAAGUAACUACUUCUAAAUCAUCUUGCAUGGUAAAUCCUUUCCAGUUUGUAGACAUUCAAAUAAAAUCAGUAUCUAACUACAAUGUUUUACUGCUGGGAAAUCAAUUUUCAGUUUUUGGAUUUAUAUAAUGAACAUGAUGCCUGCCUGAUCUUACUUUCCUUGUAUAAGCAUGGCAUCAUUAUCACCAGCUAGAAAUUCAUUGUUUCCCCAGUUUUCUGUUCUUUCUUGGAUUCUGGAGUGGGACAGUAAUUAGUGCGUGGGGCAACAAGUUUUGAGUGAUUCAGAAUCAUUGUGUUUAAUCGAUUUGAUGAUGGAAAUAAUUAUUUACGUGAUUAUCAUAACAUUGUGAUAGGCACAC